UAACAAAUGUUGCAAAUGUAGAUUGGCGUGCCAGCUGAUAGACAACAGUACAUACAUCGACUAGGUAGAACUGGACGUAAAGGUAAAGAAGGACGAGGUAUACUCUUGUUGGCACCUUGGGAAGAGUUCUUUUUGUCCAGUAUCAAAGACUUGCCAAUAACAAAGGCAUCAGAACCAAUGGUUGAUUCAGACUCGAGGAAACAGGUUGAACGCGCACUAUCCCGUGUAGAUGCGAAGGUUAAAGGCACAGCUUACGGGUCAUGGCUUGGAUAUUACAAUUCCAAUAAGAAUGUGCGUAGAGACAAGAAUCGACUCGUCAUGCUCGCAAACGAGUAUAGUCGAAGCAUGGGACUUGACAACCCACCCGCCAUUGCGAAGAAAAACCUCAGAAAAAUGGGCCUACAGAACAUUCCUGGACUGCGUUCUGAGUAGAUAUGGUGUACUUUGUCAUUGCCAUAAAAAAUUAUGUGAAUUUAGGUAAAAUUUUGGUUGAGUAUGAAUUAUAAAUUUAUAGAGGUUCUUGGAACUUGCGUAAUUUACGAAUUCUGAGAUUUAUUAAUUUUGAUGACAAUGAAAAAGAUGGCUUGGCAUUG